AUGUCCAAGUCGGGGAAUCUGGCCGCUCUCUCGGCCGUCCUGAACCCCUCAGACAUACCGACCGUCUACUACGCAGAAGAUCCUCCGUACCUCCCUCGCAUACUUGUCUUCUACUGGCCUGUACAGGCUGUAGGCUCGUUGGCUUCUACCUCAAGAAUACGCACCACGAUUCUCUCCGCAGCAGGCUUCAAGAGCUACGGUGCUUUCUCGGUCGCUCCGAAUAGUAGCUACUACUCUGCAGUACACAAGCUUCCAGAAGACAAGCAGAGGGAUGAUGUCUUUCGUGGUAUUGCGUUCGCUCUCUGUCGAUACUUUUCCGAAGUGCCAACUGAAGUCAAGAAUGCCAUUGCCGACGAGAAUUUGCACCAUGGAAUAGCUUUAAAAUGGGGGCAAACACACGCGGCUCAAGUUACUGGUAGAAUGAGCAGAGUCAUCAAUGCGGAUGAAGUUAUUGAAGCACUCAGACCCUUUUCUAAAGAGCGGCCAUCAACGCCGCCAACUCCGGUCAAACCUGGCCUGUCGAUCAGAAAGACGAGGCCUUCAUUCUUGCCCUCCGAGGCCAACAGUAAUGGCACCAAUAGACUUGGCAAUGUGUUCACUCCCUCAAGAAGGUUACCGAGUGGCAAUGCAAAGCGAUCUCCCUCAGCUACUACUCCUGGAGUCCGGAAAGGAAGCGUUUCACAAGCGCCAAAGCAUUCGUUGGACCAGCUGGAGUCACUACGGUUUAAGAUGUGCGAAUUUGUCGACACUGAAGACAGAUAUAUCACUAGGCUGCAAGAUUUGAUAGACCUUGUUACCAACCAAGGCCGCACUCAAAAGUCAUUGAGCUCAAAACUGCAAGGAUCCCGAAACCAGAAAGCUGUGAAUGCCAUGAUCCAGUUUCCUUCGUUACUGGAUCAAAUCAAGGACUUGAAUCUAGCUUUCCUGGAUGACAUUGAAUCGGUACUCUCCAACUCAGAGGAUGCAGCCUUGACAUUCCUUGAUCGAGCGGCCCAACAUCCGCAGCUACUUCAAACCGCGAAAGAUCCGAUGGGAAUUUACAGCUUUGCCAAAGUUCUCCUUAACCACUUUCCCAAAUUUCCAAUGCCGUACAGAGAGUAUCUCGACCUUCAUUCUCAAGUGGCCUCUAAUCUGGACCAAUUUUUGAAGGAAGGCACGACCUCGAUCCAACAAGCACCGUCGCUGCUUAUGGAGCCAGCACAACGUAUAUCCAGAUACGGCCUGUACAUCGACACCAUGCUUCCGCAUGUGCCUCCCAACUUUACGGUAGCGAUCAAGACUCUCGAGAAGGCCCGGAAGAUCAUUGCCGAAAUAUGUGAAAUGGAACCCGCUGCCUCAACGAUUCUAGACUCUCUCCGCAUUGAGCAUGAGUCGCGCAGGAAGGGACUUUCCCCAACAAAACUGCUGUCAGGCCUGACGCGGUCGAAUGGUACAGUUCGAGAAGCGCCCGCUUUGACAGGCAGUAUCAAAACACGGGAGGUUCCACGUCUAUUUCCCAGCUUGGGAAGAAGCUUGAGCCGUCGGCAGAAGACUCCACGACCAGGCCUAGCUGGUAUACUAUCUGAGCAGGACCCGGAGCAGGUCAGCAACUUGGCCCGAGCCAGUUCACGCAACGACGAAAACAGACCUCUUACUUCAAGUUCGGGUUUGUCUGCUGGAUCAGUUGUCAAGAGACCGUUGACCGCAGGAUCGGCGACAACAAGCCGAUCUGUCCCAAGCCCAAGCCCGGAUGCUCGUAUCUUGCCCACACGCGAGGCAGUUUCAUCUGCUGUGUUUCCCACGAGCUUGGAACACUACAAGGCCGAACUGAUGCGUGUCGAGGAGGACAAUUACAGACUUCUCCAGGAGAACGCUGAUUUGAAACGACAAAUCCGUGAAUGUAAAUGCGGUGGUACGCUGAGGCGUUAA